AAUCAUUCACAUAAGAUCACUACACCUCUAGCUCGUCUAGCACGCUAUGCUUAUUGUGGACGAUCCAUUAUUCGCCCAGCCCCUUAAUCACCGUAAUGUCAAUUGAAGGGCGCUAGUGCGCGGACGUCAGUCGAAGGGCGCGCGUCUCCGCUCUACUUAAACCCGUUGAUCGCCGUGCAGCACGAUACGCCUCAUCUUUAUCUUCAUUUCCUUUGAUUUGAUUUUCUUUUUCUCCUAUUCCACAUCAGAUUUGUCCACCAUCGAUCCAGAACAACUCCGCCGACACUCCCCCCUCCCUCUCCUCCAAUCAAGCCCCGCCCCAACCCCAAGAUGGCCCACUUCCACUUCCGCCUCGCAACCGCGGCCGAUGCCCCGCGCCUGCGCGACUUAAUCGAAUCCGCCUUCCGCGCCGCCGACACCCGCGCCGACUGGACCGGCGACCUAUCCCUGGGGGCGCGCUUCCACGUCCAACUGGACGACAUGCUCGCGCGCAUCGCCAACCCGGACGGCGCCUUCCUCGUCGCCACCACCACCACCACCACCACCACCACUGAACCCCAAGACGGGGUCCAAAAAGACGAGGCGGAGGAGGUAGUCGCCUGCGUCAAUAUCUUCAAGAAACAGCUCCCCGAUCGGGACGCCGUCGCCCGCCUAGCGCUUUUGGCCGUCGAUCACCGCUAUCAGCAGGGCGGGCUCGGGCGGCGCGUCAUGGUUGAGGCGGAGAAACUCUGCCGGGAGAUGUGGAGAGUAAGGAGGGCCGGGCUGAAUGCGCUGGAUACACGCGUCGCGUUGAUCCGGUGGUAUGAGCGCUGUGGGUAUGUAAGGACUGGGGAGGUGACGGCUAUUUCGCUUCCGCCGGAUGAGUUGAGGCUUGUGGAGUUUGAGAAGGAGUUGGCGGUGGGGGUGGUAUGAGGUGGUUGUUCGAUAAUGGAUUUAAAUAUGUUGGGCUAUUGAGCGGAUUGAUCAGUGUGGGCGUGUGGUGUGUGGUGGGCUGAUGGAGGUUGUGUGCUGCGAUUAUGGGGGGUUUUGGAAGGGAUCAGUCUGUCGGAGAGAGUGUGUGUUUGGUGGUUCAUUUAGACUUGGUGUGUUUAGGGGGUUGCUCGUGGAGGGCAGCACUGGGAGUGGUUGAUAUUUCAGUGUCGAGAUGAACAUCUGCACUUGUCACGCAUAUUCGAUAAUCAGAGGGCCUGUGACACCAUGUAGAAGUGGUGAUGACUAUGAUAAUUACGACUACGAGUGGACUUCAUGCCGUUUAGGCGGGUCGUUAAGUUCUUAAAGUCGAUGGCUUUCUCAAUCAUCAUUGGGGGCUACACAGACCAAUA